UUUAGUAUAUUCUAUGUGUUUUAGUUUAAAAUCAUAAUAUUCAAAAAUCUUUCUUUAUUUUAUUAAAUUUUGUGUCAAGUAAAAAAUUGUUAUCCCAGGGGAUAAUGCAUUGAAUAAGGAUCCUGGAUUACGUAUAUCAGGGAUGAAAUAAUCCCAUUUAACCUUUCCAGAGAAUUUUGAGGAUUUUAACAUUAAAAUUAGUCUUUAGUAAGAGUUACAGCACAAGAUACUAAAGCACAGGGAUUUUUUCAUACAUGAGGAGAAUGAGUUGUUUUGGUAUCAGAUACUAUUAAAUUCAUAUCUUUCACUCUUUAAAACUAAGGCCAAAAAUAUUUGUAACGGCAAUAUACUCAAUUAGUUUCAUAUCAGUAUGUUUAAUUAUAACAAUACAAAUGUAACGUUCAUUCUUUUGCUACAACGAAAAAAGUCAAUAUUGUCAAUGCAUGAAGUAGCGCCAAUUUUCAACUUUCUCUAAAACCAAUCUCUAAGUUUCAAUCAUGUCUAGUGGCAACAAUGGAGCUAAAAAGGCUGAAGAAUUGCAUCCUCAUCCAGUUAUGGAACAACUUAAGAAUGUACAAUACUGUGUUAAUAGCCCACCACCUUGGGGGGAAGCAUUGUUAUUGGGGUUUCAGCAUUACAUAUUGAGUCUUGGUAAUAUUGUCUUAUUUCCAAGUAUCAUAGUUCCUCAAAUGGGUGGUGACAAUGAUGAGAAGGCAAAAAUAGUACAGACAUUGCUUUUUACUUCAGGAGUGAAUACAUUACUCCAAUCCUUAUUUGGGACCAGAUUGCCAUUGGUAAUGGGAGGUUCAUAUGCAUACUUGAUACCAAUCAUCUCAAUUAUCCAGGCUAAUAAGUUCUCAGUUCUUCAGGAUCCUGAGCUGAGGUUUAUGCAUACAAUGAGGAGCAUACAGGGGGCUCUUAUUGUUACUUCUAGUUUCCAAAUUCUACUGGGCUUUCUUGGCCUGUGGAGAAAUGUUGUAAGGUUACUUAGCCCUCUAUCUGUGGCACCACUUGUUACCUUUACUGGACUAGGGCUCUACCAUCUUGGCUUCCCAUUGAUUGCAGAAUGUAUUGAAGUUGGGAUACCACAUUUAAUUUUCAUGGUUGUCAUCACACAGUAUCUACCAACAUAUCUCAAAUUAAAGAGGCCCAUAUGUGACCGGUUUGCAAUGCUCUUCUCUAUAGCAAUUGUAUGGUUUUAUGCAGCAAUCUUGACCUGGAGUGGUGCAUACAAGAAUGAAAAUGAAGCAAAUUGUCGCACUGAUAGCUCUGGACUCAUUGCUGGAUCUCCUUGGAUCGACCUGCCAUAUCUAUUCCUAUGGGGGGUUCCAACUUUCAAAUUUGGAGAUGCUUUUACUAUGAUGAUCGCUUCUUUUGUUGCUUCUGUGGAGUCAACUGGUGUAUUUCAUGCAUCAGCGAGAUAUGGAAGCGCUACACCAGUGCCACCUUCUGUCAUUAGCCGGGGUGUUGGCUGGCUGGGGAUUGGGACUAUGCUAAAUGCCGUUUUUGGUGGUGUCACUGGUUGCGCUGCUACAGCGGAAAACGCUGGUCUAUUGGCAAUGACAAGAGUUGGAAGCCGAAGAGUCGUGCAAAUAUCUGCUGGUUUUAUGAUUUUCUUCUCCAUCUUAGGAAAAUUUGGAGCACUCUUUGCUUCAAUACCUGCAUCAAUCAUGGCUGCAAUGUAUUGUAUCUUCUUUGGAUACAUGUCUUCAGCUGGUCUUGGAUUUCUCCAAUUCUGUAACCUUAACAGCUUUAGAACAAACUUCAUAUUGGGAUUUUCUCUUUUUCUGGGAUUUUCCUUACCACAAUACUUCAGAGAGCAUCACAUGUAUUCUGUAUCUGGUCCUCUUCAUACAAAUUCAAGAUGGUUCAAUGACACAAUGUCUGUCAUCUUCAUGUCACACGCCACGAUAGCUGCUGCAGUUGCUGUAUUUUUGGAUAGGACUCUUCCAUUUAGUAACGAUGAAGCUCGAAAAGACAGUGGCUUGCAUUGGUGGGACAAGUUUGUGGUAUAUACUAAAGAUGUUAGAAGUGAUGAGUUUUAUAAAUUACCAUGCCAACUUAAUAGGUUCUUCCCACCUUAUUAGUCAAAAAAGAAAUAUCAUCACUAUUUUGUAAGGGGCUUGUUUCCUUCAUAAAUUCACUCGAGUUCGAGUUUUGUUCUUUUAUUCCUUUAGAAUAGCAUAUGUCAUUCUGUUGACAUCCUAGAAAUCUUGCUAUUAUUGAAUGUCAGGUGUAUCUUUAACGGAUCCUCAAAUG